AUGAUUAAAUCAUCUGAUACUAAUUCAAACUCACUUAAUAACAAUCCCUCAACUUUGGUGAAAAAUUUUUUUGACACUAAUAAUUAUGAGAUUGAUUCAACUACUCGUUCUGCUUCUGAUGCAAAAUUUCCUUCAAAUGUUGAUUCAAGAGCUCGUUCAUUUUCUGAUGCUAAACUUCCUUCAAAUGAUUCUCCAUUAGGAAUUCUUAAAGAUUCUUUAAAUCCUUCUUCAUUUUCUUUGGGCCUUCCUGAGAAUUCAAAACCAAAACUUUAUCGUGUUCCAACUGGUCGUCGUCCUAUUAUUAAACAUCAAAAUUUUUCUCAAGAAAUUCCUGAAACUCCUGUUUUACCCCAAGAAAAUAGAUUUAAACCAUCUGAGAUAAAAGAUGAUGAGUUUGAAAGGUUUAAACAAAACAAUUAUGAUAAUGAACCAACUUAUAAGCCUUUAAGAAAAAAAGAUAAUGUCCCUAUUGAACGAAUUCGUAAAGAUUCUAAAGCUAGCGAUUAUAUGUCUGAUGAUUCUGCUAAAGAUAUAAAUAUUAGAUCUCCUUACGUAAAAGAUUAUAAAGAUUAUAGUGAUAAAUCUACUAGGUCUAGUAAAACUAGAGAUAUUAUAGAAAAUGAUGAUAAUAAACCAUUACAAUCUUUAACUCGUGAAAAAUUUGAUUAUGAAGAUCGUGGUCGAGCUAGAUCAAGUGUAAAUGAGGUUGAAGAACGUGGACGUGCUAAAUCAAGGACUAGUGAAAUUGAUGAACGUGGACGUGCUAAAUCAAGGACUAGUGAAAUUGAUGAACGUGGUCGUGCUAAAUCAAGAACUCAUGAAGCUCGUGAAGCUCGUGAAGUUGAAGAUCGUAAAUCUAGAGCUCGUGAAAUUGAUGAACGUGGACGUGCUAAAUCAAAAACUCGUGAAAUCGAUGAACGUGGACGUGCUAAAUCAAAAACUCGUGAAGUUGAAGAACGUGGACGCGCUAAAUCAAAAACUCGUGAAGUUGAAGAACGUGGACGUGCUAAAUCAAAAACUCGUGAAGUUGAAGAACGUGGACGUGCUAAAUCAAGAGCUCGUGAAGUUGACGAACGUGCAAAAUCAAGAACUCGUGAAAUUGAUGAACGUGGUCGUGCAAAAUCAAGAACUCGUGAACCUGAAGAAAGGAGUCGUGCUGUAUCUAGAUCAAGAGAGUUUAAUGAAAUGGAAAAACCUGAAAAUGCGGCUGCUCGUAAAAAAGAAUACGAAUUAUUAAUGGAAAAAGAAAAACAUCUUCGGCGCGAAAAGGCUUUUGAUAAUGCUGUGCCACCAAUGUUUGGUUGGUUAUAUCUUGAGUUAAAGAAAAAUAAAUGGAAAAAACGUUAUUGUCAAGUAAAAGAUGGUGCUUUGUAUCAUAGUAAAGAUAUGAAGGGAACAAAUGAAACUUUACUUUGUUCAAUGGCUUCUUUUGAUGUGUAUACAUGUAUACAAAUGAGAAGAAAACAACCAACCAAAUUUGGUUUUGCGAUAAAAUCUCAAGAUAAAAUGUCUUUAUUUGAAAAUCCAGAAGAUUAUGUGCAUUUCUUGUGUGCGGAAAGCUCUGAUAAAGCAAAUGAUUGGAAAACUUCUAGUCCUGUUAUAGCGGAAACACCACAUACCCUUAAAACAGGAUCAAGUCAAUGGGAUAAUGUGCGUCGUCAUGUACGCAGUCCUACUAAAAAAACACCACAAGGUUCGAGUGAUUACAUUCCAGAAUUCAUACAAACAAAUUCUCCUGUAUCUUCUGGACCAUUUAAAAGUGGUUCUCUAUUAAGUUAUGAUGAGAAAAAUCCACCUAUAAAACCCGUUGAAGUUGAACAAGUUACAUUUGCAAAAGGUUCACUUCUAGCUACAAGUGAUGCUCUUUAUGAACAAGCAAAAGAACGUGAAAAAGUUCGACGUGCAAUGGGUGGGGUCGGUAUUAUUAAGGAUCCAAAUGGAAACGGUACAUUUGUGCAAUUGGAUGAUUCUGUAGUAUUCAACAAAGGAUCAUUACUAAGUAAAAAUGUUAAUGCGACAAAUCAAUCACCUACCGGACAAUUAAUACAAACUAGUCCAAUUCGUUUUAAUGAAGGUUCGUUAUUAGCAAAAAGUCGAGAACCAUCUCCUGUCGAAAAUAGUCCUACACGUUCAGGUCUUUUAAUACAAAUUGACGAUGGUGUUCGUUAUAAUAAAGGCUCUUUAUUAGCAAAAAGUCAAGAACAAUCUCCCGUUGAAAAUAGUUCUACACGUCCGGGUCUUUUAGUACAAAUUGACGAUGGGGUUCGUUAUAAUAAAGGUUCUUUAUUAGCAAUGAGCCAGACACAAUCACCUGUUGAAAUUAGUCCUACACGCCCGGGUCUUUUAAUACAAAUUGACGAUGGGGUUCGUUAUAAUAAAGGCUCUUUAUUAGCAAAAAGUCAGACACAAUCACCCGUUGAAACUAGUCCAGGGUUUUUAAUACAAAUUGACGAUGGUGUUCGUUAUAACAAAGGCUCUUUAUUAGCAAAAAUCUUACACGCCAAGGUCAUUUAG